AUGGCGCUGGAGCAGGCGCUGCAGGCGGCGCGGCUGGGCGAGCUGGACGUGCUCAAGGCCCUGCACAACGCCGGCCUGCUGGCCCCCUCGCUGCGGGACCCGCUGGACGCGCUGCCCGUGCACCAUGCGGCCCGCGCGGGCAAGCUGCACUGCUUGCGCUUCCUCGUGGAGGACGCGGGGCUGCCCGCCGCCGCCCGCGCGCGCAACGGGGCCACCCCGGCCCACGACGCCGCGGCCACCGGCCACCUCUCCUGCCUGCAGUGGCUGCUCGCAAGGGGCCGGUGCAGCGUGCAGGACAGAGACAAUUCUGGUGCCACAGUUCUGCAUCUGGCAGCCCGCUUCGGCCACCCGGAGGUCGUGGACUGGCUCCUGAGAUACGGCAGUGCAGAUUCCACCUUGGCCACAGAGACGGGGGCCCUGCCCGUCCACUACGCGGCUGCCAAAGGGGACUUUCCCUCCCUGCGGCUGCUCCUCCGACACCACCCCGACGGGGUGAACGCGCAAACCAAGAACGGUGCCACGCCCCUGUACCUGGCGUGCCAGGAGGGCCACCUGGAGGCGACGCAGCACCUGGUGCAGGAGUGGCACGCGGACCCGCACGCGUGCGCCCACGACGGCAUGAGCCCGCUGCACGCGGCGGCGCAGAUGGGCCACAGCGCGGUCAUCGCCUGGCUGGCGAGCUGCACCGACGUGAGCCUGUCGGAGUGCGAUCAGGACGGCGCCACGGCCAUGCACUUCGCGGCGAGCCGCGGCCACGCUAAGGUGCUCAGCUGGCUGCUGCUGCACGGCGGCGAGAUCGCGGCCGACCACUGGGGCGGGACCCCGCUGCACGACGCGGCCGAGAACGGGGAGCUGGAGUGCUGCCAGAUCCUGGUGGUCAACGGCGCGGAGCUGGACGUCCGCGAUCGCGACGGGUACACGGCCGCUGACCUCUCGGACUACAACGGCCACAGCCACUGCACCCGCUACCUGCGCACGGUGGAGAACCUGAGCGUGGAGCACCGUGUGCUGUCGCGGGACCCGUCAACGGAGCUGGACGCAAAGCAACCGGACUCGGGCAUGUCGUCCCCCAACACCACCGCGUCGGUGCAGCCACUGAACUUGGAUUUCAGCUCUCCUACCAGCACCCUGUCCAACUAUGACUCCUGCUCGUCCAACCACUCCAGCAUCAAGGGCCGGCGUCUCACUCAAGGGCUGCCCAGUACCAGAGCUGCAGCCAUUCAGAACUACAUGGACAUGCUGGAGCCGGAGCUGGGCCUGUCCAGGGGCACAGAGAAGACUACGUCGCCACCGCCACCACCCAGCUUCCCGCCGCCGCUGCCGCCAUCUGGCACCCAGGUGCCCCCACCCCCGCCGGGCUACCCAGCCCCCAAGCCUCCAGGAGGGCGCUCGGCCUCGGACAUCUACGUGCAAACCAAGAACAAGCUCCGCCAUGUGGAGCCUGAGACUGGCAAGGAAGAGGUAAGCCUCUGCGACGGGCACGGCCACGACAGGCUGUGGAGGCAGGACUCGGGCCGCAAGCCCCACACCUCCAGCCAGCGGCAGCCCAGCACGGGUGACUACUACCGGCAGCUGAGCCGCUGCCCCGGGGAGCCGCCGGCCGCGCGCCUGGGCAUGGCGCACAGCGGAGAGGUGGGUGCCCGCGUGCCCCUGCCACCACCUGCACCCGAGGUGCCCCCACCGGGCCGCCCCUCACUCCCCAGACCCUCCUUUCUGUCGCAGGCGGCGCUGCUCCCCCGUAACCAUGUGCACAACGGCUGCGCCUCGGACCCCAAGGCGCCCCGGGAGCUGCCACCGCCGCCGCCGCCACCACCCCUGCCAGAUGCCCUGAGCUCUCCGCCGCCGCCCGCCCCACCUCUGCCCGCCGAGGGCCCAGGCUGCGGGCAGCGACGCUCCUCCUCAUCCACCGGCAGCACCAAGUCCUUCAACAUGAUCUCCCCAACGGGCGAUAACUCGGAGCUGCUGGCCGAGAUCAAGGCCGGCAAGAGCCUAAAGCCGACGCCCCAGAGCAAGGGGCUGACCACGGUCUUCUCCGGCAGCGGACAGCCAGGUGCCCAGCCCUGCCGCUUCUCCCUGCAGCCGCUACCGGACUCCUCCACAGCCUCGGGGCCUGUGUCAACCGCCAGCUUCCGGGCUCGGAGUCCUACCCCACCGGCCCCGGGUCCAGCCUCAGUUGGGCCCCAGCCCCUGCUCAAUGGCACCUUGGCGCCCGCACCACCGGCCACCCCAGCGCCCGGGGUACAGCUGGACGUGGAGGCCCUGGUCCCCACCCAUGAUGAGCAGGGCCGGCCCAUCCCUGAGUGGAAGAGGCAAGUGAUGGUGCGGAAGCUGCAGCUCAAGAUGCAGGAAGAAGAGGAGCAGAGGCGGAAGGAGGAGGAAGAGGAGGCCCGGCUGGCCAAUGUGCCGGCCUGGAGGCGGGACAUCCUGCGGAAGAAGCUGGAAGAGGAGAGAGAGCAGAAGCGGAAAGAGGAAGAACGGCAGAAGCAGGAAGAUUUACAGCGGGAAAAGGAACAGUCGGAGCGGCUGCGAACGCUGGGCUAUGACGAGAGCAAACUGGCACCUUGGCAACGCCAGAUCAUCCUCAAGAAAGGGGACAUCGCUAAAUACUAGGCACCGGAUGGAGCUCGGGGGUCCCCAGACCCCGCCACCCUGGGUGGAUCCCCCUCCCUGCACUCCCCUCCCACUGCACCCCAGC